CCCCUGAAGGCGCUCCGGGCGGCGCCGCCCGCGAUGGCGGCGGCCGGCGGGGGCCCGUGAGGGGCCAUGGGCAACGCCGAGGGCCGGGCCCCGCGCCGGGCCCAGCCCCGCGGCAACCCCGGCAGCUUCGAUGAGCUGCACCGGCUCUGCAAAGAGGUGUUCCCGCCGCAGAUGGAGGGGGUGAAGCUGAUCGUCACCAAGACCCUGAGCAGCCACUUCCAGGUGACACACACGGUGCACAUGAGCACCCUGGGCCCCUCCGGGUACCGUUUCAACGCCACCUUCGUGGGGGACCGCCAGCUGGGGCCCACCGAGGUGUUCCCCAUGCUGCUCGGGGACAUGGACAGCAGUGGCAGCCUCAACGCCCAGGCCCUGCACCUGCUGGGCGACCACCUCCGUGCCAAGGCCGUGUUCCAGACGCACCAGGCCAAGUUUGUGACGUGGCAGUUCGACGGCGAGUACCGGGGCGAGGACUGCACGGCCACGCUGACCCUGGGCAACCCCGACCUGCUGGGCGGCUCCGUGAUCGUGGUGGCGCAUUUCCUGCAGAGCGUCACCGCCCGCCUGGUGCUGGGCGGGGAGCUCGUGUACCACCGGCGGCCCGGGGAGGAGGGAGCCAUCCUCACCCUGGCCGGGAAGUACUCGGCCCCGAACUGGGUGACAACGCUCAACGUGGGCUAUGGGGGAGCCCACGCCAGCUACUACCACCGGGCCAACGAGCAGGUGCAGGUGGGUGUGGAGCUGGAGGCCAACACGCGUUUGCAGGAGAGCACCUUCACCUUCGGCUACCAGCUCACCCUGCCCGGGGCCAACGCCGUCUUCAGAGGGCUCCUGGACAGCAAUUGGAGCGUGGGGGGGGUCCUGGAGAAGAAGCUGCCCCCCCUGCCCGUGACGCUGGCCCUGGGAGCCUUCCUGAACCACUGCAGGAGCCGCUUCCACUGCGGCUUCACCGUCACCGUGGGAUGAGGGACAGGGACAGGGACAGGGGGACAGGACAGUGGGGAGCAGUGGGGACAAGGUAGCAGAGGCAGCAGGGACAGCGGGACGGCAGGGACAGGACAGAGGAACAGUGGGGACAGCAGGGACAGGACAGAGGGGACAGGACAGCAGGGACAGUGGGGACAGGACAGUGGGGACGGGGGGGACAGCAGGGACAGUGGGGACAAUGGGGACAGCUGGAACAGGACAGAGGGGACAGCACAGCAGGGACAGGACAGCAGGGAUGGGACAGUGGGGACAGCACAACGGGGACAGCAGGGACAUGGGGACAGUGGGGACAGUGGGACAGCAGGGACAGGACAGAGGGGACAGCACAGCAGGGUCAGGACAGCAGGGACAGCAUAGUGGGGACAGGACAGCGGGGACAGCAGGGACAGCACAGCAGGGACAGCAGGGACAUGGGGACAGCAGGGACAGCACAGCAGGGAUAGCAGGGACAGCAGGGACAUGGGGACAGCAGGGACAGCACAGCAGGGACAGCAGGGACAUGGGGACAGCAGGGACAGCAUAGUGGGGACAGGACAGCGGGGACAGCAGGGACAGCACAGCAGGGACAGCAGGGACAUGGGGACAGCAGGGACAGCACAGCAGGGACAGCAGGGACAUGGGGACAGCAGGGACAGCACAGCAGGGACAGCAGGGACAUGGGGACAGCGUGUGGUGGCACUGUCCUGCUCAGGGAGCUGCCAGGCCGGGCCCUGCAGGUGCGGGGACACGGCGGGCUGGGGACAGCGAGUGACAGUGCCACCAGGGGGCUGGGGGUCCCCGUUGUCCCCAGUGCCACCCUGUCCUGGGUGGUCCCCGUUGUCCGCGGCGCCGUGGCGGCUGUGCCUCAGUUUCCCCGCGGUGACACACCCGGGAGCCAGGAUAAAUAAAGGAGCUUUACUCUGUG